AGAAUUUAAUUUUUCGACCCAUGGUUGCGUUAAGUAGGUGGCACCUGAGUUACGCUCCUCCUCAGAGUUGACCCCAGGGAAAGAGCUCCAUCCUCACUUUUGAAGAGAGUGCCAAUUGGGGCAGCCUUUCCCCCACAAACCACUGCAGCUGUGUAUGUACAUGUAGAGGCACACACACAUGCGGCAUAUGAUGCAGGGAAGAAUGCCACUUGGGGGGGACUCCAAUGACGAGCGCUUCACGAGAUGUUUCUUACUACUCUUUUUAGUCACCCUGCUGUAUGCACGUUCGCUGCACCAAAAUGGCUCGGUAAAAUGCGUAAAGUUGGGAGGGCCCCAAUUUUGUGGGCAACAAAGCAGGGAGUUGGCCGAAGUGGUCACCAAAAUGAAAGGCGCCCUUUCGAAAACGCUUUCCCAUAAAGAAGAAAAUGAAAGUUACAAAAGGUGUAGCGCAGUUGGAGCAACUAGCCAGGCAGACAGUCUGGGCUACCCAUUCGGGUGUUCCAAAGAGGACCUUUCCAGGGAACUCUCCAUGGACGAAAUAAAUAAACUAAUCAGCUCAUGCAUUCUUUUUGUAAGCAGGAAAAAAGCGUACAUAGUAUUUUACCAUUAUAAUAAUUACCUAAAGGGGAUGUUUCGAGAUAUGGUCAUCAAAUUAUCGAAGCGAUUUGAAGACCUGGCAUCCAAACAUGGGAUGUCGGAGGAGGACCGGAAGAAGCAAUGGGCCCAAUGUGAAGAGGCUCUUACACACGAACUGAUACAUAUGGAUGAUGCAUCUACCAAGGGGUUUUAUUUUUUUGUGAAAAAGAGAGUAUUCUACCUAGACCUGAGGGAGUUCCUCAUACGCUGCAAGGAUUUUUGGUACGCCACCAUACACACAAGUGAAGAAAAGUGGCUGCACAUUUUGACGCAGGCGGCGGAGAAUUGUGAGGCCCUCGGGAAGAAGCGCGCUGGUGGUGUCGUCCAGAAGGGCCAGACAGCAGUUAAGCCGAAAAAAAUAGCAGCAGGGGUGGCGAAGAAAAAAGACAAAAAAUAG